GCGCAGCUGCUGUCACAAUGCCACAUUCAAACUUACUCUAAGAAGUGGGAGCAGUACCUCUUAUCUGCAUGCCAGCGAAGGAGGGACAAUAAGAACCAAAGACACAAAGCCAAAGAUCAAUAACGCAGAGGUCAAACAUCAGCAGCCGCUCGCUCCUCUGAUCCGCUCUGCUCAGCAUAUUCAGCAGGGAGGUUUAUCGCACGCUGAAGAGAUGAGUGGCACCAAGAAGAUGGAGGAUGAGGCGGUGCUGGACCGUGGGGCGUCCUUACUCAAACACCUUUGUGAUGAAGAGGAAGUAGAAGGCCACCACACCAUUUACAUCGGCGUGCACGUGCCCAAGAGCUAUCGACGUCGGCGGCGUCACCGCCGGAAAACCGGCCACAAGGACAGAAAGGAGAAGUUGAUGGAGAAUGUCUUUGACAAGUCGGAGACAGAAAACAACGAUGAGGCCAGCAACAGCAUCCUCAAACCUCUCAUCUCACCAGCAGCAGAGAGGAUUCGCUUCAUUCUAGGUGAGGACGACGAUGGCCCGGCGCCCCCACAGCUCUUCACCGAGUUGGAUGAGCUCCUGUCAGUGGACGGACAGGAGAUGGAGUGGAAGGAGACGGCCAGGUGGAUCAAGUUUGAGGAGAAGGUGGAGAAAGGUGGAGAACGCUGGAGUAAACCUCAUGUGGCGACGCUGUCCUUACACAGCCUCUUUGAACUGAGGACAUGUAUAGAAAAAGGCACCAUCAUGCUGGACCUGGAAGCUUCCACGCUACCUCAGGUUGUUGAGAUGAUCACUGACAACCAGAUAGAGAUCGGCCAGCUGAAGGCCGAACUUAAGGACAAGGUGAUGUACACGUUGCUGCGGAAACAUCGCCACCAGACCAAGAAGUCCAACCUGCGCUCUCUGGCUGACAUCGGGAAGACGGUGUCCAGUGCAAGUAGGCUGUUUUCCACCCCGGAAAAUGAUAGUCCCACCACAACUCCCAGGAACUUGACAUCCACCAGCCUGAAUGACGUCUCUGACAAACCGGAGAAAGACCAGCUGAAGAACAAAUUCAUGAAGAAGUUGCCAAGAGACGCAGAAGCCUCCAACGUGCUGGUGGGGGAGGUGGACUUCCUGGACGCGCCCUUUGUGGCGUUUGUUCGUCUGCAGCAGGCCGUGAUGCUGGGAGCCCUGACGGAGGUUCCUGUUCCCACAAGAUUUUUAUUCAUCUUGCUUGGACCCAAAGGCAAAGCCAAGUCAUACCACGAGAUCGGCAGAGCGAUCGCUACACUGAUGUCGGAUGAGGUCUUUCAUGACAUUGCAUAUAAGGCCAAGGACAGACAAGAUUUGCUGGCCGGUAUUGACGAGUUUCUGGAUGAGGUGAUUGUGCUUCCUCCUGGAGAAUGGGACCCAGCCAUCAGGAUAGAGCCUCCAAAAUCCCUCCCCUCCUCUGACAAAAGGAAAAACAUGUAUGCAGGAGGCGACUCCCAGAUGAACGGAGACAUGCCUCACGAUGGAGGUCAUGGAGGAGGACAUGCUGUAGGCGAAGAGCUCAGGAAGACGGGAAAGUUUUGUGGGGGUCUCAAACUUGACAUUAAGAGAAAAGCGCCUUUCUUCGUCAGUGACUUCACCGACGCGUUUCACAUUCAGGCCCUGUCGGCUAUUAUGUUUAUUUACCUGGGAACUGUAACGAACGCCAUCACCUUCGGUGGUCUGCUGGGAGACGCUACGGAGAACAUGCAGGGUGUGCUGGAGAGUUUUCUGGGCACGGCCAUCGCUGGUGGCGUUUUCUGUCUGCUGGGUGGUCAGCCUCUCAUCAUCCUCAGCAGCACUGGCCCCGUUUUGGUGUUUGAACGGCUGCUUUUCAACUUCAGCAAAGAUAAUGAGUUUGACUACUUGGAGUUCCGCCUGUGGAUCGGCCUGUGGUCGGCUUUCUUCUGCCUGCUGCUCGUGGCGACUGAUGCCAGCUACUUGGUCCAGUACUUCACCCGCUUCACUGAGGAGGGCUUCUCCUGUCUCAUCAGCUUCAUCUUUAUCUACGAUGCCUUCAAGAAGAUGAUCAAAUUAGCUCAUCAUUAUCCAAUCAACCCUGACUUCACAAUGGACUAUGUCACGCAGUACGACUGCCUCUGCAUGGCUCCUACUGUCUUGGAAAACAGCACAGACAUCAUUGGUGAUCCUUUAGAAGGUACUUCAGUCUGGUUCUGGAACAACACAGAUCUGGUGCGUCUUUCUCCUUUUAUUUGAUGCUCUUUAACCUCUUAAGCCCCAAGGGGCCACGUGUGAAGGGACUAAAUGAAAUUUCCACCUGUUUGUGGAUCAGCAGGUUCCAGAGUCUCUUUGUGUUUUCUUUUCAUUCAGGUGCGAAAACUCAUCAGUGACUUUGCCAUCAUCUUGGCCAUUCUUAUCUUCUGUGGAGUUGAUAUGCUCGUAGGAGUUGAUACGCCUAAACUUCUUGUGCCAAGUGAAUUCAAACCAACAAGUCCAGACCGAGGCUGGUUUGUGGCCCCAUUUGGAGGAAACCCCUGGUGGGUUUAUCUGGCGUCUGCUCUUCCUGCCCUUCUGGUCACCAUCCUGAUCUUUAUGGACCAACAAAUUACUGCUGUGAUUGUCAACAGGAAGGAGCACAAGCUAAAGAAAGGGGCAGGUUACCAUCUGGAUCUGUUUUGGGUGGCUGUUCUGCUAGCGAUUUGCUCCUUCAUGGGUCUGCCGUGGUACGUGGCCGCCACCGUCAUCUCCAUCGCUCACAUCGACAGUUUGAAGAUGGAGACUGAAACGUCGGCUCCCGGAGAGCAGCCAAAGUUCCUGGGUGUGAGAGAGCAGAGGGUCACGGGUGUGUGCGUGUUCAUCCUCACAGGGCUGUCUGUGUUUAUGGCUCCAGUUUUAAAGUUCAUCCCCAUGCCUGUGCUGUAUGGAGUCUUCUUGUACAUGGGGGUCGCUUCUCUCAAUGGAGUGCAGUUCAUGGAUCGUCUUAAGCUGCUUCUAAUGCCGGCGAAGCACCAGCCGGACCUGGUUUACCUGCGACACGUUCCUCUCCGGAAGGUCCACCUCUUCACUUUUAUGCAAAUCCUUUGCUUGGCUCUGCUCUGGAUCCUCAAGUCCACCGUGGCUGCCAUCGUCUUCCCUGUCAUGAUCCUCGCUCUGGUCGCUGUCAGAAAGGGGAUGGAUUACAUGUUCUCUCAGCAUGACCUCAGUUUCCUGGAUGAUGUCAUCCCGGAGAAGGACAAGAAGAAGAAAGAGGAUGAUAAGAAGAAAAAGAAGAAACGUGGCAGCAUAGACAGCGACGCUGACGACUCUGACUAUCCUUACAAUGAGAAUAUUCCCAGCAUUAAAAUCCCCAUGGACAUGAUGGAACAGGAGCCCUUCUUAAGUGAUAAGGCUUCUGACAGAGACAAGUCCUCAUCAUUCCUUGAACGACACACAUCGUGCUGAGCAGCUUCGCUUCUACCAGGCAAACUACUUGUCCAGGUGAGA